CAUUUUCGGAAUUGUUAUUUGAUUGCUGUAGCCGCGCACAGUGGAAAAACUGUAGAGGCUUUAAAAAAUGGGGAGAAGGAAGUCUAAAAGAAAACCGCCUCCGAAGAGAAAGAAUAUUGAACCCCUUGAUCAACAAUUUAAUUGUCCAUUUUGCAACCAUGAAAAAUCGUGUGAGGUUAAAAUGGAUAAAAGCAGAAAUACAGCGAAAAUAACUUGUAGGGUGUGCUUGGAGGAUUUUCAAACGGGAAUUAACUUCCUUUCAGAACCUAUCGAUGUUUACAAUGAUUGGGUAGAUGCCUGUGAAACAGCAAAUUAAAUGGAAUUAAUUUUAAGUUAGUUAGUAAGUAAAAUAAAUUGCUAGAGCCCUCUAAAUUAUACCAUAAAAUAAGUUUAAUACAAAAAAUUUAGCAUAAUAGCGAGAUUGAAAUAAACAUUUUUGACUUAUUAAAAUAAGCUGAACCCAUGAAAUUCUAACAAAUUUUUGUUCUAGGAAUCAAUUCUAAAAUAUUGAUAUUGUAUUGCGCAAAGGAGAUUCGUAGAGUGAAUCUGUCCGUCUAUCCGUAUGAACGUCUUGAUCUCAGGAACUAUAAAAGCUAGAAGGUUGAGAUUAAGCAUACACUUUCUAUAGACAUCGACUCGUCGUAAGUUUGUUCACCCAUGUUGCCACGCCCAUAAAUGACACAAAACUACCAUGCUCACACUUUUGAAAAAUCUGUUGAUAUUUUUUCAUAUUUUUAGUGUUGUAGAUUUUUAUCGAUUUGCCAUAAAACUUUUUGCCACGCCCACUCUUACGCCCUAAGCCGCCCAAAAUUACCGCGCGCACAUUUUUUAAAAAUUUUUGGAUAUGUUUUCAUAAUUUAAUUAGUCUUGUAAAUGUAGCUUAAAGAAGCUGGGUUCGGAAAUAUCGAAUUUUUGAUGUUUAAAAGCAGGAAUCGUUUGCCCAUUUGCCCAAUUAGUCCAGUUUUUGAGAUAUGAAUUUUCGAAAAAGUUCAAAAAUUUUCGAAAAUCAAAAAGUUGACUUUUUUCAAAUAUUAUUUUUUUUAAAUCGCAAUAACAUUGUUUGCCUACACUUUGGAAUUUUGAAAAAAAUGUAUACUUUAGAAAAUAUAAGUCAUUUAAGUUUACCUCCACUCAGAGAAUAAAGCGUUUGACCAAAGACAUUAGAAUUUUAUUAUUAUUAUUAUAUUAUUAUUUAUUAUUCCAGUGUCUUUGGUUUGAUCAUAUAUUAAAACGAAAUAUUAUCAAUAAAAAACGUUUGCCCAACCAGUAUUAUUAGUUUUUAACGUUUGACCACCCUCAAAAAACCUUUAACAAAAUUUUUUUCGAUUGCCCUCUUUAAAUAUAUCCAAUUUCACUAGCCCACCUCUUUAAAAUAAAAAUGUUCAAUAAAAAACGCUUGACCAUCCUUUAAAAAUAAAUUAUUUCGUUUGCCCACCCUUUAAAAAUAGUUUUUUUCGUUUGCCCACUCUUAAAAAUAAAUAAAUUCGUUUGCCCACCUUUUAAAACUAAAUAGUUUCGAUUGUCCAUCCAUUAAAAUUAGUUUUUAACAUUUGCCCACUUCUUUGAAAUAAAUAUUUUCAAACGAUUCCACCUUUUAAAUCUGAAAAAUUCGAUUUUGCCGAACCCAGCUUCUUUGAGCCGAAUUUCCGUCACAACUAAGCUAAAAAAGGUAAUAUUACCAGAGCU